AUGAUCCAAUAAGACGCAAAGAAGGAUUAGAGACUCAAAAUAUUGCUUUAAGCAGAUAUUGAGGUAAAAACACAAAUCAAUUCUGAUGUCAAAUGGAUUAACAGAAUCGUUCCAUUAAAAAAUAAUUUGGCUUUUAUUUUUUAUGAGGGAGGAUUUUAUGAAUUGUACGAUAUAGAAAAACAAUAAAUAACAGUUACAGGAAGACUUCCUGAUAAAAUUAGAUUUUUUCUUGAAAUUUACACAAAAGUUUUGAUCUAUCACGAUCCCACAGAUAUUUAAAUCAAAAUGUUAGACUUGAAUACAAAUUAAAUCAAUCCUAAUUUUGUAUUUAGAGCGAGUGACAAAAUAGAUAUCAAGAGUGAUGAAUAAAGUAGAGAGAUAAUUAUAGAUAAGUUCAGAGCUUUCUUUCUUGACAGCCAAGAGAGAUAGUGUAAAUAUUUGAUAACCCAAGAUUUAGAAAAGUACUACUCAAAUAGUAAUGUUUGCCAUUUCAAAAUAAGGAUUCUUCCUCUUGAAUAUACUCCUGAAACUCACUUCGAUUUAAAACCAGUAGCCUAAUAUGACUAUCCUAAUAUUAUUUAACAAACUGAGUUAUAUAGUUGGCUUGUAGACAAUGAAACUUUUACUAUCUAUGGACAAGACAACGAUAACAAUAAAUCUGAAAUUCUUUUUAUCAAACCUCAUCUAUUAGAAAAUGCAUUUUAUAUUGUUCAUACAGUGCAUUAAUGUUCAUACACAAUAUUAAAUGUGUCAAAUUGGAUUGGCCCUCAUAAGGUGGCCAUUUGGGUAAAUUGUAAUGAUGGUACUACAAAGCCAUCUAUAUUUUCUAUUGAUUUAAGAAAAUAUUAUGAUGGUAAAAAUUGGUUACCUGAAACUGAAUAUUAACCAACUUUGGAAAGAGAUGAGAAUAUUUAGGAUAAACCAGCAAUUUUUAUGGAUAUUUAUCAAUUUAAUUUAGAUUCUACUUAUACAAUUUAAAUUAGAUAAGUUUAAGAUGAUGCCAUGAUCUCGAUCAUCGAUUAUUAAAAUCUCUAAAAGCCAGAAAUUAUAAGUGAAGUUAAGGUUAAUUCAUUUUGGAUUGAUCCUGCAGUCGAUCAUUCUUACAUUUUACUUUAUAAUGAUAUGUCCAUUGAAAAUAAGACAGUCAAAUUUACGAUAUUGUUUCCAGCUGAUGCAAGACAUUAACUAUUAUAAAUUAUUGAAAAAUAAAAUAUAAUUGAAAAAUAUGGGAUUAAUAAUGUUGAAGAGUUAUUUGAAUUCUAUUAAUGAGCGUUACAAUAUUUUAAACAAAUCAUCAAUUUUUUCAA